CUUACAGCAGCUCCUCUGCCAUUUGCCAGAACCCACAGAUUGCCAGUCCGGGCCUGCUUGGUAUACGUCAGAUUGGAAUUAGUAUUACCAUGCUUAGAGCCCGACUGUGUUCUGCAGGCUCUUUAGAGUUAUUUCCUGGAAAGACACUUCCUUUUUCAUUAAAGAGCAAGUGAAAUGAGAACAUAAUUUCGGUGGCCCGCCUUUAAACAAACCAUGGUGGGCGGAGAGGAGACAAUAAAGCAGUCUUUAUUUUUUGUCUCCCCUGAAGGGAGAUCACUGUACAAUCACUGACACUCCCGAAUAUUCCUCUCCUGCUGCUGCAGAUUAGCAUGUCGUCUCCCGUCAAAAGCUUUGCUUUCCUCGACCUGGAAGCCACCGGCUUAAACCACGACCUUCCGAAGAUAACAGAGCUUUGCCUGGUGGCCGUCCAUGUCUCCUCACUGGAGAACCCAGAAACGGUCAUAUCAGAAGUGCAACUGCCCCGUGUGCUGGACAAGCUUUGCCUGUGUGUGGAUCCAGCGAAGCCCAUCACGAAGGAGGCUUGUAUCAUCACAGGGCUCAGUAAUGAAAAACUGACCAACUGCCAGAAGCCGUGUUUUGACCUGAACCUGGUUCAACUUGUAAAGGAGUUUUUGAAUCGUCAGGCUCAGCCCGUCUGCCUGGUUGCUCACAAUGGGUUUUUCUAUGACUUCCCCUUGCUCAAAGCAGAGUUCCAGCAGCAGAAUGAGGAGCUGCCUAGUUCCUUGCUCUGUCUGGAUUCCCUCAAAGCUUUUCGGCAGCUUGACCAGCAAGAUAGCAGGUACCAAGAGUUUCCCAAGGGGUUUCACUCUCUCCCAGGGCUCUAUCGGCGCUUGUUUGGGAAAGAACCCAUUGACUCCCACUAUGCAGAGGGUGAUGUACUGACGCUCAUCAAGGUUUUCAUGCAUAAGGCCAGCGAGCUUCUGGAGAUGGGCAAUUCCCAAUACAAGAGGUGGAGUAAGAUUGUCCCUAUGUACAGCACAGGGAUAGCUUCUAAGCACAAUAACUAACAUAUUGGUCGGCAAGAACUUCCCUGUGUAAUAUGCAGUAUGAACUUAAAUGGAACCCACUCAGCCUGGAAAACAUUAUGUUAUAGGAUGUUUUAUAUAUUCUGUACAUGGGAACAUGGUGCCACCUAUAUCUGUUUUUAUUCUACUGUCCAACUAUUGUAUGCAUUUCAUUAUGAACAUCACCUGUGACUGAUCUGAAUAAUAAAGAGGUCACUGUCUACAGUCUGUCUACAGCUGUGGGGAGGACUCGGCAAUGGUAGGGACCAAAGAGCGACAGUAGCACUUUAUAUUCAUGGUGCCAGCUGGGGGCAAUAAGCAACAGUGGGCUGGGCAAUGCCCCCCUCCCUAUCAAAAAAACAUUGUAGAAUAUUUCACUAUUGCACAGAAGGGGCAAUACAACAACCUGGAAA